CAACAGUAUCUGCCGCUCAUCAGUGGGGUGACUGCCUCAGGCCACCCCGUCAUAGCCGAUACGAACAAGGUGGGCUGUACUAAACAGUGGGGCCAUCAACCUCGAACCCGCCGUCUUGUCCCGCUUCGGCGGAAGCUUUGACGUCCACUCGACCUGCUGGGAACUCCCGAAGGUAGAAAAGCUCUCCACUUCCUCUUUGAAGCUUACCUGCUCAAACUUGUGAUCAGACCAUCGGUUCUCCCCAGAACUACUCCGUCAUCUCAAGAAACUGAAAACAAUUGUUCCCAGUUACGACCCCCACAACACCAAUCACAAUGCUUCGCACAUCAUUCACCAAGGUCGCCCGCCCGGCGCUCUUCUCCCGCUCGUUCGCGAUCACCUCGCGCGCCAUGGCUGCUGGUGACACCGGCGCUCCCCCCAAGACCGGCGGCCAGGGUGAUGCCUUCCAGCGCCGCGAGAAGGCCCAGGAGGACUUUGCCAUCCGCCAGCGCGAGAAGGAGAAGCUCAUCGCCCUCAGACAAAAGCUCAGGGAGCAGCAGGACCACCUCCAGAAGCUCUCUGACCACAUCGACGAGAUCACCAAGGAGCAGGGUGGCGAGCACAACUAAAUAUUUAUCUACAAGAUUAAUAACCACGCGCUCUUCUCGGCUUGGCUGUCAAACUCCAAUUUGACCAGCCACAUCAUCACUCAAUGAAAUCAUGGCACCAACCAUGAACAACAGCCAGGAAAGAAAGA